CAGUGCCUGGACGGACGCAGUCAUACACGCACGCCGAGGCUUCGUAAAUGCGUUUGUGAACCAGUGGCAAAAUGGUGUGUAAGGUAGCGCCGAAGACCAGUAAUCCUUCCCAGAGAGUUAAUGGGGAGUCACAAGAAACGCCGUUGGAAAUUGCUGAUUUCGAAACUGCGUUAGACACAGCUGGUUAUGGCCGCUUCAGUCGCAGCGUCCUAGGGGCGUGCGCUUGCGCGUUCUUCACUACAGGCGUGCAGAACUGUGUGAUGUCAUACGUCCUUCCUGCUGCACGUUGUGAGCUCCAACUGACCACUUAUCAGGCCGGAUUAAUUAACAUGGCUUUUAUGAGUGGUGGCGUAGCGUCUGCAUUUUUCUGGGGCAUUGUAGGAGAUGUUUUUGGCAGAAAAAAUAUACUUAGUAUCACACUCCUAAUAGAUUCUGCUCUAUUGCUGGCCCAGAGUACUGUAACGGACUACAGAUUGCUUUUAGCUGCUAGAUCGAUUAACGGAUUUUUAAUUGGUGCGCCUUCCACACUGGUGUUUACAUAUCUAUCAGAUCUGGUAGGUGUUAAGAGACGGCAGUUUUAUUUGGACAUAGUUGGUAUGAGUUUUGUCGCAGCUUGGCUCAUAUUACCAGCUGUAGCAUGGCUAGUCAUUCCUUUCAACUCUGGAGCAUCAACAAUCCUCCCCACUCAUUCCUGGAGGCUGUACAUUGCUGUUGGAAGCAUACCCGGGUUCAUCGCAGGCCUUUGGUUGAUCUUCUUGCCCGAAAGCCCUAGACUUUUGACUGAUACAAAUAGAGCUGAUGAGGCUUUGAACAUUUUGAAGCAUAUCAACGAGAAGAAUAAUGGAUCUGAUACUCAGUUCAAGAUAAAGAAGAUAAUUCAAGACAACAUAUUUGUGACUAAAUCUCUAAGCGGAGAAGAGAGUAGAACUAAAGCAUUAUUUGUAAGCGUACUGAAAGAUUUGAAACUGUUUGUAUCCAAGGCAUACGCAAUGAAAUCUUCUCUUAUUUUAUUCAUUUUCUUCGCGAAUAUGGCAGCUGGUUUCGGGCUCAACCUUUGGAUCCCAGAAUUGCUUCUUCGAAUGCAAGGCAAGGACUGUAAAUCAUCAUUACCUGAGCAAGCCAAACUGUUCAAUGCCACCAACAUAGCUUGGAAAGAUUUGCCUAAAAUUUACGAUAAUUUCGCUACUGAAGUGGACAGGUACAAUGGCAGUACGAAGUUUGAAGACUCUCGCGAACCGUGUCAUGAGGGAAUUAACGAAUCUGUGUUUACUUCGGGAUUAAUUGUGGGGGCAUGCUGUGUCCUUGGGAACGCAGCGUGCGCCCUAAUAUCCUCCCGCGGUGGGGGCCAGGGGGUCAAAAGAGCCGCAACCAUUUGCACAUUAGCUUGCGCACUGGCGUGUGCCUGUCUGGCAGCAUGUGUGUGCGCAUGUACUGCGUCAAGUAAAAUUGCUGUUGCGGCGGCUGCAGCUUUGAAUGCCGCAUCAUUAAACGGGAAUGUCCUGCUUAUAAGGCUGUUGUUACAUGCACUACCAGCGAAACUAAGUGGUCUCGGAGUUUGCUGGGGUGCGUGGUGGGGUCGCGCUGGAGGAGUUGCCUCCAACCUUGCUGUGGGUGUGUUGCUUGACUACUCCUGCCCAGCGCCGUUCGUGUCGGUUGCUGCGUUACUAGCACUAUCCAUUGGUGGUAUAAUGAUGAUAAAGCUAGAAGAGACAAAGGACCAAGAGGAAAGGACGGAUACAGAAAAAACAUUUGGCUUAGAACGAUACAUAUCAACACAUAUGUAGUAAUAAUAUGAUGGUCUGAUAGUUUAUCGGAGAUAGUAUUUAUAGCCAUUGAAUUGGGAUCUCGAACCUAAUUUAACCUAGUGCCUUUUGCGUAAUUAUCUUAAGCCAUGGGUUUGACAAUGUACAAUAGUUGCUUGUAUAACUAAAACGUUUUAUACUUUAUAAAACUCGUGGUGGCUCUUUUGUUCAAAAUAAGCCGAUUUUCAAGUCUUUAAAUUAUAUAAAAAGAUAAUUUAGAGUCAUCUGUAUUUUUGAUAAAUGUUUAUACAUCACCGUUCGAUUCGUAGUAAAUAAUUAGCACCACAACGAAUUGGGAAAGUGGAUAAAAAGCUUUUGGAAAAUAUAUUCUAUGUUUGCUAUUUGCAUAAUUUUAGAAAAAUUAUACAUAUAUAUAUAUAUAUAUUGACAUUAAUAUAGUAAAGUAUUAAUCACAAUUAUAUAGUAGCAAAUAUUACGAGAUUAUCAAUUUUAAUUUGUAUCCAGCAACUAUUAUAAAAAUUAUAACUGAUUUUAGUAUAAUAAUAAUACCACCAAUGACUACAAAAAUUCAAUAAAACUGGAUAUGUAAAACAAUGCAGUCUAUAAGGUGGUGACAAUGUUGCUUGUAAGAUUUCAUCAGAUCAGACAUCUCCUGGACAGGCAUCCAAUAGGUAAUCUUCCUUAAAAUGAGAUGGUAUUGUGGCCAAAGGUCUGUAUAACAAAAGGCCGCGAUGCAAGCAUCGACUGUUUGUAGUAGAUUUCUAAAACAAAUAUUGUUUCGUUUAAAAAAUUCAGUAGUAUUGUCUAGUUUCAAUUUUUAUGAAAUUGUUUCCAUAAACGUUUUUAACCAUGUUGAGGAUAUAAAACUACUUAAAAUAUUUAUUCAUUUUUAUUACCUUGGAUUUGAGUAUAUUAUAUAUAUUGUUAUAAAG